AUGGAUACAUUUCAAACUGCCAUGAAACUUGUCCGACCUGGAUGUUUCAUGGCAUCAAUUGACCUUAAGGACGCCUACUAUUCCAUACCAGUUGCGGAUGAGGAUAGGAAAUUCCUUAUGUUCGAAUGGAAAGGAACCUUUUACCAAUUCACUUGUCUCCCUAAUGCCCAUUUCUUGAGCCCUAGGGUUUUUACAAAAAUCUUAAAGGCUGUGUACUCUCAUUUGAGAGGUUUAGGACACACUUGUAUGGGUCACAUUGAUGAUUCCUUAUUGCUAGGCUACGACCAUGAAGCUUGUAAAAACAAUAUUGUAGAUUCUACAAACUUGUUCCAACAAUUGUGGUUUGUCAUACACCCCGAGAAAUCAGUUUUGCAUCCAGUACAAGCUAUUCAAUUCCUUGGAUUUGUGAUUAAUAGCCUGGCUAUGACAGUGAGGCUUAUACCUAGGAAAAUCACCAAGGGCAAAUCUUUUUUCAAUAACUUAUUAAAUAAACAUAAACCUACCAUAAGGGAGGUUGCUCGAGUAAUAGGCCCGCUGAUCUCCAGUCUUCCAGCAGCAGUACAGUUCGGACCUCUGCAUUAUAGAAACCUAGAAAGGGAUAAAAUUUCGGCGCUAUGUGCCAUAAAGGCAACUUUGAUUCACCUAUGA